AUGAGCCCAGCCGCUCCUAGCCCGGAAAGCUAUAGUGAAGAGUUCUAUGGCGGCCCCCAUGACCUCCCUAUGCUGGAUCUUGCUUUGAUGCAUCAAUGGUCUAUCGCAACAUGUUAUGGGUUUGGAGACGGAUUCGCCGAAGAUUCAGAUCCUUGGCGAGAGCACAUACCGAUAAUGGCACAGCACUUUCCCUUCCUCAUGCGCGGAAUUCUUGCUUUGAGCGCCCUUCAUCUAGCUAAAAACACCCUUGAUCGAGACAUGAGGAUCAGGUACCUUCGCACGGCCGCCUAUCAUCAGGACCUUGCAAUCCCAGAAUACAGAAGUACGCUCCUCGACGUGACCAAGGAGAACGCAGCCGCAGUCAUGGCCUUCUCUGCUAUUCUUACCAUCUAUUCUUUUGCAGAACCAAAGGAUCCAGGCCGGUUGUUCGCCGAGGGUCCACCCGAGUGGUUUUUGUUGCACCGAGGGGUUGGAGAUAUACCGUCACACUGGCAGAGUUGGAUCAACAAUACCUUCCUCGAUCGGCAAAUGCACAGACGGAGACUGCAACCGAUAGACCCGUCCCUGAACCCAGAAGAUUAUCGGCUUCAAUGCCUCGAAGCUUUGAUCGCAUCGCUUCCCUUCGAGGAAGCAAACGAAGCUCCGGCGUACGAAGGCGCCCUCUACUGGCUGCGGCAAGCAUACGCCCAUACCUACAACCCUGAAAGCAUGCUCGGGGGAAAGUACGCACUUCUGUUCUGGAUUGAACGAGUGCCACAAGGCUACAUCGACCUGUUGAGCCUGCAAAGACCACGCGCAGUGGUUCUCCUCGCGAACGCGGCUGUCUUAGUGCAGAGAGCGUCUCACUUUUGGUACCUCGAAGGACUCGCGGAACACAUCAUCACAGAGGCCAAACAGGUGAUGGGCUUCGAAUUCCUGCCUUGGAUCGAUUGGCCUGUGCAAGCAUGCGGCAUGGUUUGA